AAGUUUCUAUCAAUUGCAUACUCUUGAGCUGUCUAGUAUUUUCAGAUAUUACCAAAUUAUUAAACCUCGUUCACAGUCAAAAAUUUUGACUGCAUCUAUCGAACAUCUAAUGUUACAGAAUCUAUCAUUCAGAAUAGUUCCCACAGAUCUAGAAAUUUUUAAGGGACUACAUCAGUUAAGGAGUCUCGACCUGUCAUAUUCCAAUCUGCCGUUUAGUCCUAUGGCAUCUAAAAUACUCUUCAAACCGUUGUCAAAUUUAACAAAGUUGACAUUACAAAACGUAGGAUGGAAAAGUAUGCCUUAUAAUAUAUUUCACAUGCUUCCAUAUUUAGAAACUCUAGAUCUAAGCAACAACGAAAUAAAGUAUUUAAAUUGGAGUCAUUUUACAUAUCCUAAGUAUCUCAAAUAAAUCAACUUCAGCAACAAUAGAAUUUUUCUAGACGGUAAAAUUAAAGUCCCGUCUUCAGUUUUUUCUUUGAAAUCUUUAGAUAUGUCAAACAAUAGCAUAUUCUGUACUUGUGAUAGUCUUUCGUUUUUUGAAGAACUAGCAUCAAAUAAUGUGACGAUCAAAAAUUAUCCUGAGGCAUAUAUCUGUACAGGUCCGAGAAACAUGGCUGGCAAGUCGGUCGCCGAUGUUAAAUGCACCCAACAAUUAGAAACUAUAGUCUUUACAGUUAUAAUUACUGUUCUAUUCGGAUGUGCUUUUGUCAUAAUUGCAUAUAAGUCCAGAUUUCGCAUUCGAUAUUUAAUUCAUAUUUCGAAUUCACGCCGUUCUUGGAAAAAUCGUAAAAAGACAAGUCAAGCACCUGUAUUUGACGGUUUUGUUAUUUAUAGCGAACCAGAUAAGUACUGGUUGUUAAAUAAUCUUUUACCGUUUCUUGAAAAUCAGCACGGAUAUAAAUUGUGUAUUCAUGAUAGAGAUUUUCAAAUUGGAAGACCUAUUGUAGACAAUAUUGUAGAAAAUAUGGAUAACAGUAGAAAAAUAGUUCUUAUCCUCUCAAAUAGUUUUGUAGAGAGCCCAUGGUGCAAGUAUGAAGUUCGUUUGGCCAAUGAACGAUUUUUGGAAUCUGGUCCAGAUUCUUUGAUCAGUAUUAAACUAGAAGAAAUAAGAACACCUUUAAUGGAAAACACAUUAAAAAUGCUGAUUAAAUUUACCACGCAUGCAGUUUGGUCAGAGAAAAACAAAGAGGAAUUUUAUGUACGAAUACUAGAUUGCUUUCAAGAAAAAAAUGAUAACAUUGAUAGAAACAUUAGCAGUAGGGGCCAGCCUCAAAACUCAUCGAGUUAUACAAAGAAAAAUACAGAGGGAAAGAAAAUUCAGAUGAAUGAACCUCAACGUUUUGAACAAAAUGAAAUUCGAUGUAUGUUAUCCAAAAUGUGUAGCAGUGUUGAACAUAUGAACAAAACACUUUGUAGACGUAUGGACUCCCUCGAAGAGUCAUUAAAAAGUGAUAUUACCUAUCUGAAAAACAAAGUUCACAAAUUAGAAACGAGUAUUGAUUCACUACAAGGUAAUAUUUCAGAAUUGUAAUCUGUUUUCAUAUGAUGUGAUUUUAAGGGUUUUUUUUCACAUCAGACCACACCUGAUGUUUUCAUCCAUCAAAUGGCUAGUGUUAUAUACUAGUAUUCUUCAUACAUUUAGU